AUGCAAACACCAGAUCGAAAGAAAGUUAAAAUAGAUGAAACUCCUACCAAUAGUGCUCAUCAAGAACAACAACAACCACAACUACAAGCUGCUAGCAAUCCUGAAAUCAAUUGGCAAGAGCCAACCAAAGCACAUGGGAUGAGAUGGCAAGGAUUCUUAAUGUCAGAUGUAAGGGGAGAUAGUUCGAAUCGAAGAAGUGCGAAAUGUAAAUAUUGUGAUGAAGAGUUUAGUAAUGGAAAGCCAAGUGUAUUGUUUAAACAUAUUAAGAUGAUGUGUCCAUCGGUACCGGAUUCGAAUAAAACUGAAUAUAUUAAAAUCACUUCAGAAGAAAACCAACAGCAACAAGCACAACAAGCACAACAACAAGAACACUCUACUCAACCUAGUUCAUCGAGAAAACGAAAAGUGAAAUCAGAACCACCACAAGAACAACAACAACCACAACCACCACAACCAACACCACCUAAAGAAUAUGAAAGGCUACAUGAAUUAUUAUUCAAAUCUAUCAUCAAAUCAAACUCAUCAUUCUCACUCUUAGAUGAACCUAACUUUCAAGCUUAUCAAAUCGGAUUAAGUCCAAAAGGUUAUCUGAUUCCUAAUUCAAACCAAUUCAUCAAAGUCACCAUUCCAUUAAUCUAUGCAAAACAUCAAAUCGAAUCUAUCAACAAAUUACAAAACUUACAACACUUAAGCUUAUCGAUCGAUCAUUUUACUUUACAUCAGAACCAUCAGUUUGGAUAUGCGAUCAUUAUUCAUUCUUCAGAGUUUCAGAUUAAUCAAUUGAUUGAAGUUUUACACUUCUCUCCUCAAACUCAUUCGUCUCAAAACUUAUUCAAUUCGAUCAAACAAACACUGGAUGCUAAAUCUUUGAGUUUAGAUCAAUUUGAUGGACUGGUUUCUGAUCAUUCAAAUCCAAUCAUUCAAGAAUUAAUAAAUUUGUUUAAAUUUGAGUAUAGUCAUAUCCUUCAUUUAAAUUCAUCUAUACAUUUGAUCACCUCGAUUUCGAAACUCAUCUUAUCCCAUCCCUUCAUCCAACCUAUUAUUGAUUCCAACCAAAUCCUAUACGAUUUCUUUACCAACUCAGCUCAUUGGAAUCAUUACCUCAUCAACUUCAAUCAACCUAAUCCGAACCUUCAAGCCGGUUCAUUUCAAUUCACGUCUCAAACUAAUCCUAGUUGGUAUUCGAUCAUCAAGAUUUCGUCAUGGGUACAUACUUAUCAAUUAGCACUACAACAUGCUUCAACACUUUCUUCAAUCGAUCCUAAUCCGAUCCUACAACCCCAUCAACAUCAAUUACCUAACCAUAUUCAAACUUUGAUUCAAGACACGAAUCAUUUGAUCUUGAAUGAAACCUUGAAUGAGAUCAUCUCACCCUUACUAGAAACCUUUAACCGGAUCAAAUCCACUCACUUUCAAAUCUCAAACCUAUGGUCCGAACUCAUCUCACUCCUUCAAAGCUUCACACACCGAUGUCAAAAGUUAUCAAACCAUGUCGAUUUCCUAGAAUUUAACUUAAAUUCUAUCAAACUGAUUGAAGAACUUAGUUUAAAAGUUUUAAAAGAAGAUGAAGUUUAUUUGAUUGGAUUCUUCUUGACUCCCAAGUUUAAAACUUUAUCGGUUUCUAAAAAGUUUGGAUUAGAUGAUUUGUUAAGAUCAGUACUGAAGAUUGUAAAGGUUUGGAAGUUUAAUAAACUUGAAGCGAUUCUGAUUAAAGAAUUACUUACUGAUUAUUAUCACCAAGAAUCGAAGAUGAAAGCAGGUGAAAGUUCUUAUACAUAUUGGACUCAGCAAGACCCAAGUUUACUAAAAACCUUAUCCCUGAGACUCCUAAACCUAAUCCCCAACACGUACCCCAUUCAAGAAACCUUAUCAUCCCAAAUCACUUUCUCAAUCCCAGAUCCAAGUCUUCAAAAGAUGAUUCAACAAUUAAUCUAUUCAACCGAUUUCCAAAGUAUCCCAUCAAGUUUUGAUCAAAACCGAUUCACGAAUUUAGAUCCGAUUACUGUUUAUCAACACUUUAAGUUGAUUGAUAGUAAAUUGACGAAUUUGAAUGAUCGGUUUAUGGAUUGGUUCGAUUUGGAUGCUUGGAAGGAUUUGAUUCCACAGGAUGAUUUGUUGGGUCUUGGGAAUGAUAUUUUGGUCGAUCAGAUUGGGAUGACUGGGAAUGUGAAUCAUGAGAUUUGGGAUAUUGAGGAUUUGCUUUGA